AUGCUGACAUCCAGCUCUCCCGGAAGUUCCACUGGAGCCCUCCAGAUACCUUCCCAGAGAACCAGAGGUUGUGUCUCUAACUGGGUAGCACCCCUAGAGAGCGAGGUCAACUGCACUCCUUGCCCCCACGGGCUCCCCGGGAACCCAGAGAGUCCAGAGUUCCUGAAACCCUGCCCCGCUGCCAGGUGGGAGGCACCGCCAAAGUUCCCACCUGAGCCUGCAGCCAAGGGUGGCAGACGCGAGGGAGGGGCGGGGACCCGAGGCCGGAACCGGGACUCCAGAGCUCCGAGAGUCUGCGAGCUGGGAUGCUCCACCGCCAGUAGGACUGGCCAACUCGCAGCCGCCCCUCGGAGCGGCGACUGGGAGAGGGAGCCGCGCUUCCCUGCUCGCUCCCCGCUCGCCCGCCCGCUCGCUCGCCCGCCCGAAGCCUGGGCGCUAGGACCCCCGAAAGGAAGGAGGGCGCACGGCGCCGCACUUACCGCGCUCUGCUCGCCCGCGCCGCCCGCUCGCCCGCUCGCUCCCCGGCCACCGCCGCCGCGUCCGCCCCUGCGCUCGCCCGGCCAAAUUCAAAGGCGCCGGGCGCGGGGGAGGGGGCUCGGGGAUGGGAAGGGAGGGAGGGGGAGAUGCAAGUGUUACAACUUCCUCCGCUGCCCACGGCCCGGCGGCCCGGGGACGCGGCGAGGGGAGGGAAGCGCGCGGGCGCCAAUGAGUUCACUUUCUUUUUCUCCCCCGCGCGCUCCCCCUCGCGCUUCCCGCCCGGCCCCUCCAACCUCCUCCACCGGCCAGAAUCCCCGUUUCUCGGUCCGGGGAGUGGGAGGAUGGAGAAGGCGAGGGAGGAAGGAGAGAAGGGAAAGGUGA